UACAUUACGAAAACAGUAAAAAGGGGAAUCCCAGUCCAGCCAUGAUCCUCAAUAAUAUUGCAGGCAAAAUGCCUGAAGAUUCUCCGCCGUAUUCUCUUAAGCCGGCUAAGAUUCCAGAUUACCCUGAUUCUCCAAGAAAACAUGAAACUAAACCAAUCCAAGAUGUUCAACUAGGCGGGUACUCAAAUAUUGAAGACAAAAACCUUUGGAUUAAAUUACGCUACGAAUCGAGGUUUCUAAAGUGGGCUGAACUGGCGCUGAAUCCUGUAGUUACUUUCUUUUCACUUUUAGUCAUUAUAGCAUUUGUGGUCUGGGCUAUACUCAAACCUGAAGAGGCGAGUGUGGAGUUCUCAAGUUGGAAAGCUUGGAUAGGAAAAUCAUUUUCUUGGCUUUUCAUGGGAUCUACGAAUAUUUGGGCAGUGUUCAUUGUAGUGAUAUAUUGCAGUAAAUAUUCUGAGUUGAAGCUUGGAAAGGAAGACGAUGUACCAGAGUACAAUGAUGCUAGUUGGUUCUGUAUGUUGUUCUCCUGCGGGGUCAGUACUGGACUUUUCUUCUUUGGUGUAGCAGAGCCAGUAAUGCAUUAUACACAGGCUAAUAGGUAUACAGCAAACCCUGGUUUACCAGACAACAAGCUGGCGGAGGAAGCUGUAAAUCUGACCCUCUUCCACUGGGGACUACACGCCUGGGUGGUUUAUACACUAGUUGGUCUUCUUCUCAGUGUCAUGUCUCAUAGGGAGGGAUUGCCAAUGACGAUCAAGUCUUGCUUCUAUCCUUUGAUAAAGGACAAGAUCUAUGGCUGGCCUGGCGAUCUGGUAGAUAUACUUUCAGUUAUUGCAACAAUGUUCGGAGUGUGCACCAGCUUAGGACUUGGGACAAUACAGAUAAACGAGGGAUUGAAUCUUCUCCAUGGUGGAAUACCAAUAGGAACAAAUACUCAGAUAGCGAUCAUUUGGAUCGUUACAGCUGUAGCUUCAAUCUCCGUGGUCUCAGGAGUAGGAAACGGAAUUCGUAGGAUCAGUGAGUUCUGUUUUGCGUGUGGAAUGGUUAUAAUGCUGAUCGUUCUCUUUCUCGACAAAACCGUCUUCAUUCUAAAUCUCUACGUUCAAGCCAUCGGAUACUAUUUCCAGCAAAUAAUCUGGAUUGGAUUUCACACUGAUGCAUUCGAGCAGCUGGGUCCUAGUUCAGGAGCAGAGGACAGAGGACGCUUUCUACCUGAAGGGGUGGACUCUACUGAUGGACCUCAAAGAUGGAUGGAUCUCUGGACUAUCUUCUACUGGUCCUGGUGGAUAGCUUGGGCUCCCUUUGUCGGCAUGUUUAUUGCUAAAAUCUCAGCUGGUAGAACAAUAAAGGAAUUUAUUCGUGGCACUAUGCUGGCUCCUGUAGUCUAUAUAUUCAUGUGGCUCAUUAUAUUUGGAGGCGCUGGGCUAAGAAUGGAGCGAGAGGCUGCAGGAAGCACCGACAUCUGUUGUCACAAUAUCAACAUGACACAGAUUCUUCUAAUUGCGGAACAAUCACCCAACACCACGAUCAGCCUCAGUGAUGGUUUGUGUAUUGGUGAUGGGUGUACUCCGUGUUCUGUCCAGCUAUUAACUGAUAGAAUAUCACAGAAUAUGGAUUUCGGAACCUUGAAGUUACAAAUAGAUGAAGUAGGGGCUAAACAGUGGGGGGUUACUACACAGGAUAGAAAACUUACAAGGUAUUAUUAUUUUUAUUGUUAUUGCAGCUUUUGUUAUUNUUUUUAA